GCUGCUUCUUUGCUGGAUAUUGCAGGAGCCACUGGAUAAGCAGCAAUUGUGAAUCAAUGUUGUCAGUACGGAAAGGAUUACAAGAUAAACCUGAGUGUACUUUGGCCUGGGAGAAGGCAGUCAAUCCUGCAUUCCAAGCUAUUCUUUUCUUUUUUUUUUUGGUUCUUUUUUUUUUCAGAGCUGGGGACCGAACCCAGGGCCUUGCGCUUCCUAGGCAAGCGCUCUACCACUGAGCUAAAUCCCCAACAAGCUAUUCUUUUCUAUUCAAGAGGUCUUUAUUUUUCUCAGAACACUUCAGAUGAGAAACAGUAAGCAGAACAUCCCUGCUGCAAGUAAAGGAAGGUUUCCCUCCCGAGAAGAAUGACUGUCAAGAAUUCCUCUGUGACAGAGUUCAUCCUCGCAGGUCUGACAGACCAGCCAGGACUCCGCCUGCCCCUCUUCUUUCUCUUUCUAGGUUUCUACAUGGUGACUGUGGUGGGGAACCUGGGCUUGAUCUUCCUGAUAGGGCUGAACUCUCACCUGCACACCCCUAUGUACUUCUUUCUCUUCAAUCUUUCUGUAGUAGAUUUCUGUUUUUCCUCCACCAUCAUCCCUAAAAUGCUCAUGAGUUUUAUCUCAAAGAAGAACAUCAUCUCACACUCAGGGUGUAUGACACAGUUGUUUUUCUUCUGUUUCUUUGUUGUCUCUGAGACCUUCAUUCUGUCAGCCAUGGCAUAUGACCGUUAUGUUGCCAUCUGUAACCCCCUGAUGUACACAGUCACCAUGUCUCCCCAGGUUUGUUUACUCCUUUUACUAGGAGCCUAUUUGAUGGGUUUCUCUGAGGCCAUGGCCCAUACAGGGAACCUAAUGAAUCUGACCUUCUGUGCUGACAACCUUGUCAACCACUUCAUGUGUGACAUCCUUCCUCUUCUUGAGCUCUCCUGCAACAGCACCUUCAUAAAUGAGCUGGUAGUCUUCAUUGUGGUGGCCAUUGAUAUUGCUGUGCCCAUUGUCUCCAUCUUCAUUUCGUAUGCCCUCAUCCUCUCUAGCGUUCUUCGCAUGCAUUCCACAGAGGGCAGAUCCAAGGCCUUCAGCACCUGCAGCUCCCACUUGAUUGUGGUUUGUCUGUUAUUUGGUUCUGGGGCUUUCAUGUAUCUCAAGCCACCUUCCAUUUUGCCCCUUGACCAAGGAAAAGUUUCUUCCUUGUUCUAUACAAUUGUGGUGCCCAUGUUGAACCCUCUGAUCUAUAGUCUGAGAAAUAAGGAUGUCAAAGUUGCUCUGAGGAAAACCUUGGGUAAGAAAAUACUUUCUUAACAGGGGAGUAGUAUCAUGAAGUGCAGUGGUGUGAUUGGUCAGUGAGCAGUAUUCAUACGGAAAGAGCUGUGCUUGGAUAAGACGAUGCAAUGUUGCCAUAAGGGGUUCAGGUCUAGUCAUUUUUUUCUUCUUGCCCAAGAGAAGUUUAUGGCACUAUGGUGUGAAUGUAGCUACGUAUUUGAGGAUCCUGGGCAAUUGUUCAACCAACAAACUACAUGCAGCCAAGAAACAGGGUUACAAAUAAUUUUAUCUGAGCAAGAUUUUAACACAGCUCUGUUCCUCCUGACUUUUGUUCUGCCUAAACUCUUUCAGCACUUAUUUUUUAAAAUAAAAAUUGCAUAUCUCUAUUGAAAAUGUACAAAUACAUAAUCAACAGCUAUUUUCACUUUCAUUCAUAAACUGUUUUUCUGUAACAUACAAAUAUUGAGCAAAAUAGCAGUUUCCUACUGCUAUUCCACAGUUAGGGUCACAGUCUCCCAAAAUUCCAGGUUCUGCCCUUAAUUCAAUUUUUAAUUUUAUGCAAAUUUCAAUAGUCACGAAUCAUUUAUUCUUGAGUGGACCUUAUAAAUUACUUAAUCUAAUCUCAUUUAAUGUUAUUGGAGACUCAGAAACAUGUUGUUGUUAAAGAAUAAAACUAUCUGUUAUCAAAAAUAAACUCAAUUCAGAAAGUUGAA